CGUACCGGGCCGGGCGGCCGUCCUGCCGCGGGGACGGGGCUCUCCUCGGAUCUUACAGCGACGGCCAUAACUGCAGGAGAAGCGCAAGGCUUCUCUGGGUGCUAAUGAGGCUUUAAAGCUGUUUUCGCUCUGAGGAGAAGCUGUCACGACACGUCUGGACUGGGAGUUGAGGGAAUGCGUUAGGGAUGUAAUAACGACGAAGAGUUACAAGGCCUUCGGAGCGGUUCCGGUGGCUGUGGAGACCUGCGCGUGCUUACAGUGCUGUACCUGAAGGUGCUCCCCUCCUGCUGUCCGAAUAACGAGGCAGAGGAAAGAGGCAGGCUGAAAAACUGAUCUGAAGUCUGGAGCACUUACGAGGCUGCAACAUCUAGAAGGAGGAAGUAUGACAGGAUGACAGUCAUGUCCCAUUCAAAGGAUCUCAAGGACGACUUCCAUAGUGACACUGUACUUUCUAUUUUAAAUGAACAGCGCAUUAGGGGUAUUUUAUGUGAUGUCACCAUAAUUGUGGAAGACACCAAAUUUAAAGCCCACAGUAAUGUGCUAGCAGCUUCAAGUCUUUACUUUAAAAACAUAUUUUGGAGUCGUACUAUCUGUAUUUCGGGUCAUGUACUGGAAUUAGAUGAUCUCAAAGCUGAAGUGUUUACAGAAAUACUGAACUACAUCUACAGUUCCACAGUGGUUGUUAAGAGGCAAGAGACUGUAACAGACCUUGCAGCUGCAGGGAAAAAACUGGGAAUAUCGUUUCUUGAAGAUCUUACAGAUAUUAACUUUUCAAGCUCCCCCUGCCCUUAUGCAUACUGUGUUAGUGAGAAAGGGACAGUCAAAGAGGAAAAACAUGAAAAGAGACAUGAAGAGUCUGCUGUGACAAAUGGACCACGAAUUACAAAUGCAUUCUCGAUUUUUGAAACUGAAAAUAGUUUGUUUUCUCCACUUGAUUUGAGGGCAAACUUUAAAAAGGUAUCUGAGACAAUACAAACCCCCAACGUCAGCCUUGACAGAAGCAACACUUGCAAAGAUGCAGAGCCAGCCAGUACGUUGGCAGAGCACUCCUAUGCUGUUUCUUCAGGGGGAGAUACUUUUCAAGGAACGCCUCACUUUGAACAGGAAGGCAGCUCUUUGUACAGUGCAGGUGAAGACCACUAUGAAAAUGUCCGAGCUACGCCACUCAUUCAGCCAGUAAAACAAGCAUGUAGUACUACUCCUAAAGCAGCCUUCAAACCCCAGGGUACUAGUUUGGCUGUAGCAAAAGUACCAGCCUCUACGGUAGCCAGUGCAGAAGCCCAGCCUGAAACUGUUAAUGAUCAGAGAAUUAUUUCCAUUCCAAAACCUCACAGUAAAGCAGGAGAUCUCAGUUUGUCCAGAGAAGAAGAAAACACAUCUGCUAAUAUCUCUGGGUCUGUGACAACUGUUGUUCCACCUGCUUACAGCUGUAACUGCUGUGCAAAAUCGUUCAGUGACAGGGCGUUACUCAGUACUCAUCUUCAACUCCAUUCAGAGCAUCAGGAAACUUUCAUAUGCAAAUACUGCAGCAAACAAUUUGCAAAUCUAAAUAUACUGGAAAGUCAUGAACAAGUCUGUAUGAGAUCAAGUAGCUUAUCUGUUCACAGUGGGAAUGAACAAAAUUUUUCAGAUAAUUAUACUGCUACAGAUGGAAGGAAUGAGAGUUCAUAUGCAAACACAGAGCCUCUAUUGUCUGAAAACAGCAUAACUGAUUAUUCUAAUGCAAACUGCGCUUUACCAGAAACGGAUCACUUGGUUAAAGUUGUUGAUGGGCAGAUAUUAUAUACUUGCAUAGUUUGCAAACGUAGUUAUGUAACGUUGUCGAGCCUUCGAAGACAUGCAAAUGUGCAUUCGUGGAGAAGAACAUACCCGUGCCACUACUGCAACAAAGUAUUUGCAUUAGCUGAGUAUCGCACAAGACAUGAGAUCUGGCACACUGGAGAAAGGCGGUAUCAGUGCAUUUUCUGCCUAGAGACUUUCAUGACUUAUUAUAUACUAAAAAAUCAUCAGAAGUCUUUCCAUGCAAUUGACCAUCGUCUCUCAGUAAGUAAGAAGACAGCCAAUGGAGGCUUAAAACCAAGUGUAUACCCAUACAAACUUUACCGACUUCUGCCCAUGAAGUGCAGGCGACUACCUUAUAAGUCCUACCGAAAUUCUACGUAUGAAAACGUUCAAACAAGUAGCCAAGUUAAUGAAACUGCUUCUAGUAACUGCUUCAUCCAGAGUUCUCUUAGUUCUGAGCUAUCACCACUGAAUUUUCAAAGUAAUAUAUUAUCAAACAACAGAACUCUUGUCUUGGACACUUCUUCAUGUAAUGAUACAGCAUCUUCCACAAAUCCUCAGAACUCUUCCUCUUGGGGAGUAGGUAUCUUAAAUUCUGAUCUGCAAAGAGACUUCUUCACAGCUGACAAAAGAGUUCCCACUGCUACAAAAGACUCUGGUUCUCAUGAGUAUGAUUCCUCAGUUGUGUCUUUAACUAAUGUGAAUGAAAAUUCAACCUCUGUAAUCAGUUACAGCAGUUCUGCACCCUCUGUUAUAAUGCACAGUAGCAGAGUUUCAUCAGUAAUAAUGCACAGUAAAACAAUCACUUCUGUAGAAAACAGUAAGACAGAAUCUUCUAACAGUGUACCUAGUCAACCUGUAAGUGAUGAUUGUAAGUAUGGGUCAGAUAAUUAUGGAAAAAGUAUUACAAAAUCAAAACCUAUUAAGGAGAAAAAGAAAGCACUGCUGUGCAACAGAGCAGAAGCAGCUGAGGAUACGCAGCACAUCCAAGGAUCUGGAGGUUCAUCUAGCAAAACCACUAAUGCUGCUGAAGAGUCGAGUAAAACUGAGACUUAUAUUGCAAAGCCAGCCUUACCUGGAACAUCUACUGACAGCAAUGUUGCUCCUCUUUGUCAGAUAACAGUAAAAAUUGGUAACGAGGCUAUUGUAAAAAGGCAUAUAUUAGGAUCUAAGCUAUUUUGUAAAAGGGGACGAAAAUCUAAACACGAGUCCAAACAGGACAAUCUAAAUGAGGAAUCAGAAACAGAGAUAAAAGAGAAAAGCCCAUCUAGACUCUAUGGCUCAGAAUGCCUGGAGCUGACAGAAAUGUGUGAUGAUGUAAGUGAUCAGGAUUCCAGUGAUAAACCCUGGAGACCAUAUUACAAUUACAAACCGAAAAAGAAAUCUAAACAGCUAAGAAAAAUGAAGAAGACCAAAUGGAGGAAAAAGCACGGAAACAGGAACACCAUUAUGGAAAGUCACAGUCCGUGCAGUCGAGAGUAUGCGCUCAGGAGUGCUCCUGAAGACAAGGCAAUUAGUCAAGAAGAGAACACAGAAAUGCCCAGUCUUCAUUGUGAGCUCUGUGAAGGAGAUCAGAACUCCACUGCAGAAACUCAAGAACAUGUACAUUGGCAUGUAUCUACUUCAAAGCCUUACAUUUGUGAAUUAUGCCAAAAACAGUUUCAAAGUCCAUCCACCUUAAAAAUGCAUAUGAGGUGUCACACAGGGGAAAAGCCCUUCACCUGCAAAACCUGUGGUAAAUGUUUUUCAGUCCCUGGAAAUUUACAGAAACAUGAACGUAUUCACCUGGGUGUCAAAGACUUUGUCUGUCAGUACUGUAAUAAGGCAUUCACUUUAAAUGAAACACUCAAAAUACAUGAAAGAAUUCAUACUGGAGAAAAACGCUACCACUGUCAGUUCUGCUUACAGAGUUUCCUGUAUCUUUCUACCAAAAGGAACCAUGAGCAAAGACAUAUACGUGAGCAUAAUGGAAAAGGAUAUGCUUGCUUUCAGUGCCCCAAAAUUUGCAAGACGGCAGCUGCUCUGGGAAUGCACCAGAAGAAACAUCUAUUCAAAAGUACAGGUCCACCAGAUAGAAAAGAACAGUUCUGCAAUGAAAGUGCUCAGCUGUUGGAAAAUCAACAUUUUCUUGGCUCAGAAGGAAGUGAAGGAAAAACCAUACAAAGUGUAACUCCAGAAGUUACACUCUGAGUGUCAGUUGUGCAAAAGAGAGGAAAAAUACAAAACUAUAUAUUGGAGAAAACGUAGAUUCCUUGAAUGGGGAAAAUUCUCCACAGAGAUAAUUUACGAAGAUCAAAUGUCUUCAUUUAAACAUAUGUCAAUAUAUGCAAAGGAAAGAAAAAUAACACUGAAAAGAAAAACUAGUAUUUGCAAUAAUACAAACUUAAUUUGAAAGACCCCAAAUAGUUUUGCCAGAAUAGACUUCUAGCAUACAUGUAGAGAGAAAGAAGAAGAAAAAAAAUUUAAAAAAAAGACCAAACUAAACUUCUACUUAAAGCUAGAAGAAACUAGCCACUGAACUGUUCUACAGUGCUGUUUUUCAGUCAGAAUUCUGGACAAAAUAAAUAUGUAGGUUAAAAUUAUAUACUAUAGAAGGAAUUUUUGCUGCAGAAAUCAUAUGUCGCUUUUUUUAACAAAAGUUAAUGUGUUUAUAAACAAAUCGUGAUUUAGUGUAUUCUACAGUGAAGAUGGGCAAUGAUUCAUCAGUUUGGGUAUGCUGAAGUACAGUUGAGUUUUUGAGUGCUUUUUUGUAACUCAACAUUUACAAAACAUACACAGAAGUAUAAACCUUUUUUCCUUUCCAUUUUCAGUUUUGUAGUUACCAUAAUAUGCAUUACGUCUCUGAAUGCUUGUGCAGAAAGUAUGCCAGAUUAGAGUCAUCUCUGAAACAUUUAAUAAAGAUUCAGUGCAAAUCAUAGUAGCCAGUCUUCCAAACGGCAGAAGUUCCAAGCGAUUGAGCUGUAAAGUUAUUCAGGUCAUCUGUUGAAAGAAAAUUGUUCUCAUGAAGUAGUGUAGUUUGAAGAAUUCUGUAAUACAAGCGUCCACCUCCUGGUGAGUCUGAAACGCCUGUCUUUUAGAAAUAUCAUUCUUCUCAGCAGAAGAAGAGGAGAUAAGAGUGUCUUCCUCGACAUCCUCGUGUAAUGCCUGGACAACAAAUGACAGUGCAGCUCACAGAAAAUGCUUUGGUUUUUGGGAGGAAGAGGUAAAUAGUCAGAUUCUUGCUUCCAUGUAUAUCCCUGAGGCAGUUUCCAUAUAUAACAGGGAUAGGGCCAAUUUGUGGGGUUCCUUGUCAUCCCUGUGCCUUAAAUGCAAUAUCAGUACUUCGUAUGUCUCAGCGUCUCACCCCAGGCAAGCUUCAUCUCAGUGUCCCUUGGCCAAGCAUAGUAGGCCCAGAGCAGAGAAGUGCCAGCAUGGGGUUGCUGGAAGAAGCCACGUUGGCCUUUCUGCUUCCUUUCUUCUGCUGCACCAGAAUGUUACGGUGAGCCUUCUGGCUGCACAGUUUGCAUUCACCAGGAAUCAGGAGGGUAAGCUUCUGAAAGAAGAAAUCACCGAAAUUAACAGUACAGUUAAUCACAUUUUCACAAAAUAGUGUUAAUUUUAACCAAAAUGAAGAGGUUUAAAAAGAUGAAGAGGUUAAAUGUGUACAAGUUGCAUAUUAUAUCAUAGGGCUCUGUUGUACUCUAUCUGCACUUCCAAUUUGUUAUGUACAUUCAUUGUUACAAAGUGUUAAAAAUGUUUUAAGUCUGGACAACGGUCAGUGAACCUCAAUUCUAUGUACAAAUAUGGUACACAAUUUGUUUACUUGGUUUUCCAAAAUAUUCUAAAGGAAAUCAUAGCUUGGGUAUGAUAAAAUUACAAUUGAAAUUAUAGUACUGUGUUGAUUGAAGUAAUAAUGUAGUCCACUUAUUUAUCCUGUCAUUGAUGAACGCUGUGAAACCUUUGAGAAAUGUUUGGUUUCAUAGCAGUUUUGGUUCCAUUUUCAAUUAGGAUAAUAGUAGGAUAAAUACAGGAAAGUAUGAUGUUUCAAGGAAAGUACACGAAGAUAUUUUCUAAGUGGACUUGUAUGACGAUAAUUAUAGACCAAAGCAAAUAAGGUAGAAUAUUUAUACAUAUAAAGAUAAUUUUACAGAUAUUUUAUAUAACUGUAUAGUUCAUAAGAAAAAUAUUGAUAGCUUGUGUUAGUUUGGGGGGGGGUUUGUAUAUUUUGAUAAAAACACAAUGACUUUGUAACUCUGUAUAUUAUCUACAGUUUAUAGCAAAGGAGUUUUAAGAUGGCAAUGUCAUGUUUAUAGUUCAAUUGUGGCACUUUUACUACAAGUAACACAUUGAAGUAAUGAGUUAAGUAUUAAUGACCAAAUUAGAAUUAAAAUAAGUGUAAGAGAAAGUAAAUACUGUACGUUGUCAAAGACUGUAAUUUGCUGCAUCUGUAUUUUUGUUUAGAAGAAAAUAUUAAAUGCAGAUGUUAAGGAUUGA